AUGGAUACUAUCUACCAACUCGCGCGAAACGGCACCCUCUCUGCGACAGACCUCGAACGAACUGAUCGCAGUGGAAUCGAUUUCCUCGACCCGAAAAGCAGUCUCACUCCCCUCGGUGUCGCCGUCUGGCACGGCCAUGUCGAAACUGUCAAACUGCUUCUCCAGCACGAAGCCGAUCCCAACGGUGUUGAAGGAGCACGGCCUCCUCUCUGGGUCGCCGCCGCGAGAACGCGGAAGAAUGCUGGUCGCCUUAUCCAGAUUCUUCUGGACAGAGGCGCCAAUGCUGCGAAACCGUCCCCCGUGCCCGGUGACAGAGGUUCAACGCCACUGUUGAGCGCAGUCAAGAAUCGCCUGUCCCCUGAAAUUAUCAGCGAGCUUGUCGAUCACGGAGCCGAUCCAGACGAAAAGAUCAACAGGCACUCUGCACGAGAUAUUGCGGAGGGUAAGCGCCAGCGAAAACUCCUCCAGGCGAUGCGACCGCGGAAACAGCGAAACACUACCCGCAUACUCGAGGUUGGCAAGAUACUUGCUUUUCUCAUUUCCGUGGUGUAUUGCGCCAAUAUGUGCAUCCACGGUGCCGCUGCUGUGUGUGUUGAAGUUGCAACUGUUGGUGUGGUGGCUCAUGAUGCUAUCAAACGACGCUUCGGAAUGACCGGAAAGCUGGACGAUCAACUCUCAGAGGCCAUCCUCGAACAGAAGGAAAAAGAAGAGCUCCUCGAGGAUAUGACGAAGUUCAUAAACGAUAGCCACUUGGAUCUUUUUUUCCCUCCGGAACAUUCCUUCUUGAAAACUGUCGUCGAAAAGGCUGUAAAUUUGAAGAAGGACCCGGAUAACACGUUGGAUACAAAAGACUUGACCCGGGUGGCUCUUUACCAACCCGUCCUGUACUGCGAUGACAGUGGAUCGAUGAAAGAAGGCCAACGGAUAGAACACCAGAGAGAUGUCGUCCAGCGCAUCACCAACAUCACCACCCGAAUCGUUCCAGACGGAGAAGGUAUUGAACUACGCUUUAUCAACGAGCCAACCACACCCGAGAUGACCCGACCAUCACUCGACACAAUCGAGGCCAUCAUGGGCGGUGUGCCCUUCAACGGAUGGACAGAAAUCGGCACCAACUUGAGAAGAAGGGUUCUUGAGGAUGCCGUGUACGCGCCGCUCAACGGCGACGGUUUACAGCGCCCGGUACUUGUCUCUAUCAUCACGGAUGGCUAUCCGGUCGGGCCUCAAGGCACUCCGGAAAGGAGCGAGACGCUCAAGGGAGCGAUUUUGGAAUGUGGAAGGGUUCUCAGGCAGCAUGGAUAUCAUCCAAAUGUGGUUCGCUUUCAGAUCAGUCAGAUCGGCAAUGAUCCGGAAGCCGACAGGUUCCUUGCGGGUCUCAGCGACGACCCUGAUCUCGAAGAUGUCCUGUACUGCACCACAGAGCGAUUGGACGAUAAGUUCAGAACAAUGAGGAAUAACGAAGCGAGACUCGAGCAAUGGCUUCUUGAGCUAUUGAUGGGACCGAUUAUCGAUGGGGACCGUGUGUGA